AGCUCUGGUGGUUCCAAGUAAGCUGGGCAUGCUCAGUGGGCAGGGUCGGUUUUAGGGGGUGCAUCUGGGAAGCCUGCUGCUCCGCUGCCGGGGCUCUGCGCCUCCCCCCACCUGUAUGAGGCCGGGCCUGAGGCGCCUUCGCUCGGCAUCCCCCCCUCUCCCACCUCCCGGCGCCCGCCGGGGCUUGGCCUUCCCUGCGGGUUCCUGCGCUGACAUUCAGCGGGCAGGUCGGGAGGUCGAAAGCGUGCGGAGGGGGUCCGCGCGAGGGCUUUGGGCUCUGACGGCCGGGUCCCAGGGGUCCGCCCGCUUCCUAGAAGCGUUUCUAGGCCCAGGGAAGCCUUUCUGCCGAGGAGGGGAAGCCAGAUCCGGGGGCGGACGACGAGAAAUCAGGCUAAGAAAUGGCAUUUCAAAAGGCAGUGAAAGGGACUAUUCUUGUUGGAGGAGGUGCUCUUGCAAGUGUUCUAGGCCUCUCUCAGUUUGCUCAUUACAGAAGGAAACAAGUGAACCUGGCCUAUGUGCAAGCAGCAGAGUGCGUUUCAGAACCUGUUAACAGGGAGCCUCCCUCCCGAGAAGCUCAGCUACUGAGUUUGCAGAACACGGCGGAAUUUGAUAUCCUCGUCAUCGGAGGUGGAGCAACGGGAUGUGGCUGUGCCCUGGAUGCUGUCACCAGAGGACUAAAAACAGCCCUUGUAGAAAGAGAUGAUUUCUCAUCAGGGACCAGCAGCAGAAGCACUAAAUUGAUCCAUGGUGGUGUGAGAUAUCUUCAGAAGGCUAUCAUGAAGUUGGAUAUUGAGCAGUAUAGGAUGGUAAAAGAAGCCCUUCACGAGCGUGCCAACCUACUAGAAAUUGCUCCCCAUUUAUCAGCUCCGUUGCCUAUAAUGCUUCCUGUUUACAAGUGGUGGCAGCUACCUUAUUACUGGGUAGGAAUCAAGCUAUAUGAUCUGGUUGCAGGAAGCAAUUGCCUGAAAAGCAGUUAUGUCCUCAGCAAAUCGAGAGCCCUUGAACAUUUCCCAAUGCUCCAGAAGGACAAACUGGUAGGAGCAAUCGUCUAUUAUGACGGACAACACAACGAUGCACGGAUGAACCUUGCCAUUGCCCUCACUGCUGCCAGGUACGGGGCUGCCACAGCCAAUUACAUGGAGGUCGUGAGCUUGCUCAAGAAGACAGACCCCCACACGGGGAAAGAGCGAGUGAGCGGUGCACGGUGUAAGGACGUGCUCACAGGGCAGGAAUUUGAUGUGAGAGCCAAAUGCGUUAUCAAUGCUACGGGACCUUUCACAGACACCGUGCGCAAAAUGGAUGAUAAGAACGCCGCAGCUAUCUGCCAGCCGAGCGCUGGUGUCCACAUUGUGAUGCCUGGUUAUUACAGCCCAGAGAGCAUGGGACUGCUUGACCCAGCAACCAGCGAUGGGCGAGUAAUUUUCUUCUUACCCUGGCAAAAGAUGACAAUAGCCGGCACUACCGACACUCCAACGGAUAUUACACACCAUCCCAUCCCUUCGGAAGAAGAUAUCAAUUUCAUUUUGAACGAAGUGCGUAACUACCUGAGUUGUGAUGUUGAAGUGAGAAGAGGGGAUGUCCUGGCAGCAUGGAGUGGUAUCCGUCCCCUUGUCACAGAUCCCAAGUCUGCAGACACUCAGUCCAUCUCCAGAAAUCAUGUUGUGGAUAUCAGUGAGAGCGGCCUCAUCACUAUAGCAGGUGGGAAGUGGACAACGUAUCGCUCUAUGGCAGAAGAUACCAUAAAUGCUGCUAUCAAGACUCACGAUCUGAAAGCAGGGCCAAGCAGAACGGUUGGGCUUUUCCUUCAAGGAGGCAAAGAUUGGAGCCCCACACUCUAUAUUCGGCUUGUCCAGGAUUACGGCCUUGAAAGUGAGGUUGCACAGCAUCUGGCCGCCACCUAUGGGGACAAGGCUUUUGAGGUGGCCAAAAUGGCAAGUGUAACCGGAAAAAGGUGGCCUAUAGUGGGAGUGCGUCUUGUGUCAGAAUUUCCAUACAUUGAAGCAGAGGUGAAAUACGGGAUUAAGGAGUACGCCUGCACGGCAGUGGAUAUGAUUUCACGGCGUACUCGCCUGGCUUUCCUAAAUGUCCAGGCCGCAGAGGAAGCCCUUCCCAGGAUUGUUGAACUGAUGGGCAGAGAACUGAAUUGGGAUGAUUAUAAAAAAGAGGAGGAACUUGAAACAGCCAGGAAGUUUCUGUAUUAUGAAAUGGGCUAUAAAUCUCGAUCAGAACAGUUAACAGAUCGCUCUGAAAUUAGCCUCCUGCCUUCAGACAUUGACAGGUACAAGAAGAGAUUUCAUAAGUUUGAUGCAGACCAAAAGGGCUUUAUUACUAUUGUUGAUGUUCAGCGUGUGUUAGAGAGUAUCAAUGUCCAAAUGGAUGAAAAUACACUACAUGAAAUUCUGAAUGAAGUAGAUUUAAACAAAAAUGGACAGGUUGAACUCAAUGAGUUUUUGCAGCUGAUGAGUGCUAUUCAGAAAGGAAGGGUGUCUGGAAGCCGGCUUGCUAUACUCAUGAAAACUGCAGAAGAGAACCUCGAUAGAAGAGUCCCCAUUCCAGUGGACCGAAGUUGUGGAGGAUUGUGAGUCUGGGCAGUAAAUCCACAGCCAACAAACACGGGAGCAACAAAUCAUCACGUAAAACCAGAGAUGACUUAACACCACUCCAAAAUAGUGGAUAUGGAUAGCUGCCUUUUUUUUUUUUUUUUUUUUUUUAACACUGGGAAACAUUCCAAAGCUUUAGGAUGUUGGUGUAUACCCUUUAUUUGUAUUCGCCAUUCAAUCUAGCUUCUAAAGAGUGCAUUUUAUCUUUUUUCUCAUUUUCAACACACAUGGAUUUAGUGUUUUGCAUCCAUUUUGUAACCUGUUAGACCAGACAUACUCCCUUUUUUGUUUGUCUACUCAUUUAUUCUGAAUCACUCCUAGAGGCCGAAUAUUUUGGCAGAAAUUGAAAAAAAGAAGCUGGAAAAAAUUUGUGAUGUGCACAAAGCUCUGGACAUUAAGCACGUAGAUAGUAUUUGUUCCUAAAAGAAAUCGAGCAGGGAGUGACCUAUUGAAACAAUAGUGUUUCUGGAGACUGCUCAGCUCCUCCUUCCUCGAGACCGUCUGCCUUCCUCAUCCGAACAGUAUCAUGCAAUUUUAUAUCUAGAGUAUGACUGGCAAAACUGGAGAGGGGAGACAGCGUUUAGAUCUGGUUACAGGAGCAAGUCUCAAAGAGAAACUCUGAAAGCUUCCAGAAUCACAGGUGUAAGAUAAGGAUAGCACUGACAUUUGCUGGGAGUUACGGUGAUAGUUUCGUGUCAGCAAUUCGCUUUUUCUCCCCAGUCACUGCUGGUUUUUCUUUGACUCUUAGAGUUGCCAGCAAGAUUCUUGCUUUUCUUAUUUUAAAACCAGCAUUUAAGUGGCAAGUUGGAUGUAAUGGGAUGAGACUAAAUUUCUCAACUCUUUACAGUGGUAAUCAAGUUAAGGAUUAAAAAUCUGCGUUUGUAUAUCCACAUAUGACAGCACAGUUUUCAAUCCCCAAAUCCUAGGCUGUGGAGCAUGUGCUGUUGUCAAACAUGGCCAAGUUUGCUUAGUUUAUUGCAUCAUUUUGGGGGAGUAAUUUUAAACAGAGAGCAAAAGAGGAUAGAAAUAACCUUUAGUUAACUUUAAUUAUAAUUAUUUGUAAAAAGGCACAGCGCUGCAAUAUUCAAGGUCAUUUUGGUUGCUUAAAGCCUUUCUCUUUCAGUACGCAAUGGGAAAGUCCUCAACCAAAAAGAAAAAGAAAAGGAAUAAAACCACGCACAACACACGCCCACACACACAUACCCUGCACGCAUAGAGACACAAAACAAAAACAAAACUAAAUCUGCGUUGAAUUUAACAAAAAAAAUGCAUUGAAUUUAAAGGGCCAAUUUGGUAUGCUUUUGCAAUACUUCAGUAGCAUUUUAACCAAUCAUCUGAAUAUUUAUCCUCUUGUGAAGCUAACGAUCUGCUUUUUUAUUUUCUAAGAUCAGGUUGUGUAUAUAAUCGGGAAUAUAACCCUUUAUUUAAUGGCAGACUUCAGUUGCGCAGACUUCAGGUCUUAGUUUUUUUUUUAACUGGUACACUAAACACUUUCGUGCUGUCAUUUCUGUCAACGUCGUAGAAAACCUUUAUGCCUCAUUCAAGUCGGGUAUGAGCCUGGAUGUCAUAAUACAAACACUGGAGUAUCGCUCACCUAAGCCCCCGCCCCACUUCAAACCAUUCAUUUAUUUUUAAAUGAAGUUUAGACUUGCCACAAGCAAACCUCAAGUAAAACCCAAAGCAAGGGAUGCUUCCAGGUAUCACUGUGAACAUUUUUCUUUCAAGGUGUGAGUUUUUUACACUACCUUAAAAAACAUAAUAAUGAUGGGAGCACGUGGUUUUGUAACGUAGUGUCUUUGUUUUUGUUUUUGUUUUGUUUUUUUACCAAGACAAUAAACUUCACUGUUUAGAACCCGCUGACACUCAAUAGAAAAGCUGUCUGUCCUUCAAAACACGGCCGAUGAUGUACCACAAUACAGUACAUUCGUGCUCUCUCUCUCUCUUUCUCUCUUUCUAGUUAGAUCAAGAUAGCAAUGACUUGUGCCCUCCCCGAAUCCAUUACAGUAGGACCGGCUCUCUAGCCUGACUGGCCUGGGAAGAGCUGUAUCUGUAAAACAGGCCUGGUGUGUGCACGCUUUGCUCUGAGUGAAGUUCCUUUAAGGACAAAGAAAAGCGCACUUUGCUUCCUUGGAGCGUGUCUGCUUUUGCUUAAAAUCUGCUAAUUCUAAAACAUACGCUCCUUCACCAAUCCCAGAGUCUCGUCUUGGAAGUGAACUAGGUUCCAAGUCUUUACUGUGAAUAAAGCAGCCCCGCAUUUUUGUGUCAGUUCUUAAUUAAACCUGGGUAGCUUCUUUACCUGAUCUCAGGAAAGGGGAAAAGAAAUGGAGAAAAAAGCCCCUUCAAAACCUGUUCCGAGCACAAAAGAAUGUUCCUUUUCUUUGCGUGGUAUUAGAUGAUUCUGUUGGGGCGGGGAUGGGGUGUGCAGAGACUGUCUUUGUCAAAUGAUUUAUUUCAGCCUUUAAGGGGAUUCAGGUGAAGGAACCCCCAUCUGUGGUGGAGAGCUGGACGCUCCUUUAAGUAGCCCCAUUCCACAGUCAUAAUAAUAGUGAUAAUGCUGCAUUAUUUGUGACGGCAAGGUUGCCUCACAUCCGCCAUGCUGUUUGCAGUAUUCUCGCUUUCAAUCAGUUUAUACUAAGUGUAACUUUACGAUUUCUACUCUUAAAUGCACGCUCCCUAUUCUGCUUCCGUUUCUAGCUCUGUUUCGUCUUUUCCAAAAUAUGCAGCUUACUCUUUUGUACAACAACGAAACUUUCAUUCUGACUUUUAGUGAACAUCCUGUAGGGAUAAUCAUUGAUCUUCUUUCCUUUUCUAUGUGUAUUCCUAAAGAUUUUUGGCCUACGAAUGUAAUAAUAUUGAAAUCAGUGAUGCUGUAACUUGCACUGGUCGCAUUACGUCAGCCCCUUUCAGGGAACGAAGCAGCCGUACGGUCAAGUGUAAGCCCCUUGCUGGAGUGGAUACACGCACUGCAUGCUUCCGAUGUGGCAUUUUCAUGUCCCGUGUUGGGUCAUUGUUCUAGACUGGACUGUUAAAUACUAUGUUUGAGGCUGGGUUGUCAUUUUUAUAACUGUCUGGGUGUUUUAUCGCCAUUAUUUAUUACUUUUGAUAUCCAGAAAGAGCUGCAUGCAUUUGUAGAGCAAUAAGAGGAUGUAUGCAACGUGCCUUGUUUUUAACCGAAUAAGAACCGAAAGCAUGAAUCAAUAAAACUGAUUAAAAUGGUCCA